AUGCCACCACGCCAACGAAAAAGGGCCGCGCCUACUCACACUUCGAAGCGGCGGAGAACGGACGACGUAUCGGACGUCGACUCGGACUCGUCGCUGUCGUCUGUGCCCGACUCAGAUGACGAGGGGCCAAGUUCGAGGGCCCCACGCGCGGUCGCCAGCGAUGCCGACCUACUCGAGCAGGGCGACAACGAGCUUUUCCAAGCUGUGCUGGAUGGCUCGAUCGAAGAGGCCUCCGAAAACUGGAUCGUGCUGUACCAAGGCGAACCGGCCGAGGCGCUCACGCAGCUUGUCACGUUUGUCAUACGUCUGUGUGGAUGCACAGCUACGCUAUCUAGCGACGAGGUACGCGACUUGGAGCAUAGGGACGCGUUGCAGGAGCGCAUCCAGUCGCAUGACGUACGUGCACCAUAUCCGAUCGUGUCGCGCACGAAACCAUGGAGCGGCGUGCGAAAAUCAGCGGCACGACUCAUCGCGAAACUGUGGGCAGACGCGUCCGAGGCCGAGGUGCUGGCGGACGACGACUUGUUGGACACGUGGCAGUCAUGGCUCGUAGGGCUGUCUGUCUCGUCCAUCCGUGCUUUUCGUCAUACGGCCAGCGUCGUGGCCCUGUGGACGAUCGGAGCGUUGUCCGCCCAGCUUGAGCAGGUGCGUGAGAGCUACGAUGUGGCUGUCAAGCAGCGCGACGCCGAGGCGCGUCGUACGAGCAGCAGCUCGAUCUCGAAUCGCACGCGACUUGCACACACCGCCCACAAGAUGGAGCAGCUCGACACGCAGCGCGAUACGUUCGAUGCGCACCUCGACGACCUCGUGACACAGGUAUUUGGCCCGCGCUCGCGCGACUUUGAUGCGGCCAUCCGCCUCGACUGCAUGGAGCAGCUCGGCCAGUGGCUGAUUGUGUACCCGACGCAGUACAUGCAGACGUUCUACUACAAGCACUUGGGUGCAGCGCUGUCCGAUCCCGAUGCAUCUGUGCGUGCGUGUGCGCUGCGGGGCGUCCACGGCGUGCUUCGUGCCGCGCAUGCCGCACAGCUCGCCCCAUUUGUCGAGGAGCACAAAGCGCGCAUGAUGGACAUGGCGCUGUAUGACACAGAUAUGCAUGUCCGUGGCACGGCCUUUGCUGUGCUUGCCUCGGCCAACGAACAUGAUAUGCUGGAGCACGACGACCGUAGUGCGCUGGCCGUCCACAUAUAUGACCGGGAGCCACGUAUCCGGCACGCGGCUGCUGCGUUCCUGCUUCGUUUGCUAGAGCCGCCGGAUGAUGUCGAACGAAUCCGAGCACUCGUCGCGCGACUGUCCGAGUACGACGCACAGCUCCCCGCGGAGCCCGACACCACGGCAUCGCUCGCGGUGCUUGAGCCGGGCCUGGGUCGGAUCAGCAUCGCCUUGGAGGCGUUGUGGGACCAGGAUGAGUCGCUGCAUGCAUUCAAGCCAUAUGUCCAGGUGCUUAUGCGCGACGACAUGUCGCUCUCAUCCGAGGAGGAGAGUGCCGCCGUCGAGAUGCUCGCUGCAGCGACCCGUCUCGUGUCGGGCGAUGAGGAGGGCCAUGCGUGGGACGAUGCGAGUCUGUGCCUCGUCGAAGCGCUGCCCCUGCUCCUGGCGAAGUACUCGGCAGAUGCACCGCGUUUAGCUGAUCUCCUAGCCGUGGUCCCUCACAUGCGUCUGGAAGUGUACCACGAAACACGAAACAUGGAGGCGUUCGAGUCGCUAUGGGACGAUGUGUGUGCGCAUUUUAUGCGGCACGUCCAUCCCGUGCUCCUGCAGCGUGCCGCGCGGGCAAUCCAGCUCCUUGCAACAGCGCCCAUGGCCGCGCAUACGACUACAUCGCGACUCGCGACGCUGAAGGAGUCGGUGCUGAGUCUGCUCCAAGACACGCUAUACCAGCGCCAAGUCGACACGACCGUGUUUUCCGAGGACGACGUGCAUAAUCUGCAGGCGAGUCUGGCGCGUUUGUACACGCUUCUGAAGGCGAUGGACGCCAGUGCACUGCUGGAUGAUGACGAGCCGCUUUGGCAGCACAUGCUUGCUCUUGCCAUGCGUGGACGCUUACAGUACGACCAGGAGAAGACGUUUGUGCACUACGCAUUGUCGUCAUUGGCGUUGUACCUAUUGUGGCGCACGAAACGCGCUAUCGACGAUGAUACUGAGCUCGUUUCACGCCGUGACGAGGUCUUGCAGAUGAUCCACAUGUUCCUCGAGCGCGGGUCACACGUCCAGGCGACGGUACUGCAUGUGGCUCUGAUUCUCCACACCCUCUUUUUCACCGUGCGAGACGAUCUACGGAUCUUGUGCCCUGAGGAGAUACAAACACGAUGCGCCACACAAUUUUCCACGGAGCUGCAGACGCUUGUGCCUUUGUACCGCGCACAAGGCAAAAGCAUCGCCCUGCUCGACACGGACAUGCACAUUUCCAUGCUCGCGUCAGCCUAUGUCGCAGCGUUGCGUGUGGGAGCUCUGGGCGUACAGCACGCCGCAGCAAUACUGACGUACUAUGGGCACUUUCACUCAGACUUCGAUCGCAUGUGCCACGAGGCUGUUGAGGUCAUGCGGGACGAUGCAAUGCAUUCGGACCGUGCAUGGGCCGUAUGUGAGACGAUCUUGGAGGCAUUGAAGGGCAGCAUGCAGCUAUACUUUCAGUACAAGGACACUGAGCCGCGGCUCGUGAGUCUGGCGCGCCAAUUGGCGAAUGCGACCAUGAUUCGCGGCCCCGGAUUUUCCGUCGUGCGUGCGAUCGAUGCCAAUGCCAUGGUAACGCUACAUGUCGCGACUGUCCAGCAAUUUGUGCAGUACGUGCGCGAUGGUGGGCACGAAGGCCACGAAGCGAAGCUAUUCAAGGCCCUGGUACAUCUUGUCGGCACACUGCAUCCUUCCGACGCCCUCAAGAUCCACGCCACGAUGCAGCAGCGUCUCGCAGCUGCCCAUGUGGAGCCAGAGCAGGGCAACAAGGCUUGGGACCCGUACUUUGCAUACGAAAAGCGACUGCUGAAUGUCGCCGCCAAGGACGCUCACCUGCUACAUACGGCACAACCAUCAUAG